UCCCCGCGGCAGGCAUGUGUCGGGCCAGCGCCUCCGCCUCCCCGAGAGCAGAUCGGCCUGGCAGGUGCAGUGGCUGUUGGCCCCGCAUACGGGUCCCCAAACAUUAAAAUCGACGGACGUAAGCAGCGAAGGGCCUUCUGGCUGAACCGAGGAGGGGCACGAGCCGGCGACGCGCAGGGGCAGAGCCGGCCCGAGACGCCGGCGUGCACACUGAGGGAAGGCCGCUCUUAACACACUUCUCUGCGCGACCUUGCACGUCACCGCGCCCCACCUGACGGCUCCCGGAGCACGAGUCCGCCUGAGCUCCGGCCCCGCGCUGCUGCAGCCCGGGGCUGUGCGUGCUGCUCACGUCACGGCCGCAGUGACAGGGCUGGGGGGUUGGGUUGGGUAACCUGCGUGCGACGGUGACCACCGGGAUCCUUCGGGGACCUUGGCAAAGGGGUGUCCCCAGAGGGCAAGGCAAAGCAAACGGUUCCGUGAGUCUCCAACUAUUCCGUCACCUCUCGGUGUGUGAACCAGCCUUCGGGGUGUCCGCGGUCCUCUGAAAUGCCACUGCGCAUCUCUGCAAGGCCGAGCGCGGCAAGGAAAAGGCUGUUGCAAGAAAGAGCCACGUGUGACGUCUCGCUUUCAAAGCAGCUCACCUCCUAGCCACCAUUGUGGCUCGCCAUCCCGAGCGGCGGGUUCCUGGUGCAACAGGGCAGGCAGUGUGGCGAUUCUCAAAGUGGGGUCCCGGACACCCUGCCGGGGCCCGCUUUGGCGCUAAUCCCAAGACCCUGUGCUUCCACUCGUGCUACCGUGAACGCACGUCGGAGUCACGAGGCUGCGGACCUGUGAUCACACGAGAACCCGGCAGCACGGAGCCCACCCCUCACCUCUGAUUUGUUGGUUUUAGCAAAUACCGUUAUUUUUCAUUAAAGACAUGUUAACGUGAUGGGUGUAUUGUUCGUUUUUCAGUUUAUUUUUUUACUCAUCUCUACACCCGAUGUGGGGCUUGAACUCACAACCGCGAGAUCGAGAGCCAUGUGUUCUUCUGACUGAGCCAGCCGGGCGCCCCAACGUAAUGGGUGUAUUGUUAAUGUCACGAGUUUGUUGUCAUUUUUAGAUGUGUUAAUACACGUUUUUUAAGUCACUUGGAAUUUCUACUGAGGUUCACAUCCAGAGAGGCCGUAAAAACAGAAGCGGGUCCUAGGAGUGUCAGGGAGGCGUCGAGGCCCCACGGCAGCGAGGGGAGAGGGCUCUGGGGCCUCCCUGACCCGGCAGGUCUCCUUGUGGCUGGUCGUGAAGCUCCUGGGGAAAUCUUGGUUGGUCGUCCGUAAAACACAGGUCCUUCUGGUUCUUCUCUCCUAAAGCUCGUGAGGUUUGAGUGAAGCAAAAUUCAGAUAAAGUGGAUCAUUAUCUUAGCGUUGGGGAAAAGGACUCUAAAGCCAACAGGGUCUGAACAGGUUCCUGAAUGUUUUCUACCCCCAGACCCUCUCACGGUAACAGACCACUGUGAGAAGAAGGAAUGGAGGUAUUUCUGGUUAUCGACCAAGUUGUCUGUGUCUCAGGGGUCCACGAGGAUUGUAACAGCCAGAAGGAGACCUCUUGCGGUUUAAAAUUCAGACUCCAUGUUGGUUCUGGCUGUUGGACGAUUUACCGCUCCCUCGCGUGAAGUCAUUUGAGUCAAAACACGGGAACAAAGCACAGCAUGUGGGAAGAAGGUGUGAUUUGGAAAAGCAGGGCAUCGAUCUCUUUGCCUUUGGACAUUUUUCUGAACGUGCGCUGAAGUCGUCAUACCGAGGUAAACCCGAGACACUGAUGAGCUCGUGAGAAAAAGGAACUUUCUUAAAAUAGCGACUGGUUUCCGGGCACCAUGGUGUGAUUGCCGGCGCUGCCUCAAUCAGCAGCGUCCAUGGGGAUGAGCUGGUGAGCGCAGUGUGUCUGUACUCAGGAUGUGGGGGGAUCCCUGUGGGACCCCAGCCUCCCACAGAGCAGGCUCAGCGCCCCCCAGGCUGCGUGGUUUUCCCCUCCCUUCAAACCUGCGCAGCACUUGGGCUGAUUUUAGUGGGGUCUGGAUAUCAUCUUGCUUCUUUAUUUUGGUGAUUUAAAUAUUUUCCGCAUACGUCUUUGUUCUGGAAACAGUUUCAAGGGUUGUCAUAACAAAAAGUCUGCGUUCCUACACUUAACUCUGAUACAACAGCGGGAGAAAAAAUUACCAUGAAUUCUCCAAUGGUGGACCACACCGUGUUCGCGUUUGUUCAGAAUCCGAAAAUCAAACAAAUGUCACGGCAUCGUCUGGUGACAGGUGACAGCGACGCUCGUGAGCGCAGCAUCCCCCACAGACGGGUCGAAUCGCUGUGCUGUGCACCUGACGCUGAUGUGACAGUGGGCCAAGUGUAAUGUUUCAAAAAGGAGCAUCGACGUAAUUGGAAAGUGAGACAGCACAGGCAAAAACUACGGACAGUUCUGAGUACGUAUAUGGGCUUUUGCGUAACUGACCUUGCAAAUCGGCCAGCUUAUAGUUGAAGUAACUUUUGUGACCUCCAGAUGAAACAUACUCGUGGGUUUUAGAGUCUGGAGACCCCAGGAAUACAGUGUGAAACUGAUAACCCGAUCCCAGGAUUCUGGUCCUCCUGUUUUCCUGUUCCACACGUGGCUACAGCCCCACUGUUGGGUUCUGGGCCCAGCACGCAAAAUCCCACGCAAAUGACCAAGUUACAGCUGGCUGUUAUUUCUUGACUCUUUUGCUUUUCUGUCGCGUCCCCAAUUCUGGAGGGAAGUUUGGCUGGCCGUCCUAGUGUGGUUUUCCUUCCUGGUAACUGCCACCAGCGGCUCGAUUCAACCACACAGACUGUGACGGAUUCUGUAACAGCCAGCGGGCCGCGACAGUGCAGGUGACGUGCGCUGCUCUCCCACGGUCCCCGCCAGGCCAGGCCACUCUUUCCAGCCUCCAGUUUCCCAGGGGCCGAAGGGUUCGAGUAGAAGAGGUGGCUGGCAGGGAGCAGGGAUGCUGUCACCUGGAUGCUUGAGCGGAGUCUGAAGAGCAGAGUCCUGUGGGGGACACUCACUCCUCUGCCGCUCCGGGGCCAGUAGCCCACCGCCAGGUACCGGGAGUCAUCGCCCCCCGCAGGGGUGCUUACCGGGCCUUUGAGGAAAGACAGGAGAGGAGCGCCCUUCUGACCUGGGCAGGUGACGCGAUGGCAGGCACCCGGCACUCACUUUCUCCUCGGAGGUCAGGCAGAGACUUCCAGCUUCCCAAGUCCCCAUGCUUCUGGGCUGGGACAGGAUGUGGGGGUUCUGGAGAAUCCCAGGGACAGUCUGGCCCGACGUGCGCAGCGGUCUGAUGAAUCUCACUGUCUCUUCUUGGAGGAAAAUGCCCAAUCUCUGCUACUGUGGAUGUGGGCGUGGCUACUAGCCCCUCACCCUUGCCCAGGACUUUCCUUCCCUUCCUCAAGGUGCUGGCUCAGAUGUGGUGUGUCUGGAAUUCUGUUGCUGCGAUUGUCUCCUCUCCUCCAUCCCAGUCAGCCCCCAGUUCCUAGCAGAAGGGAAAUGGUGACAGAAGCCACACAGGCAGGCGAUUAUGGGAUCGCCAGCUCCGCCUGGUCACCUGCGACUGUCCUGCGGGACUUAGGAAUUAGGACCCCGUCACGGAUGCCACUGCAGCCACUGAGCGUCUGGGACCCAUACUCCAGUCUCGGGAGGAUCCAGUUUGCUGCUUUUCCUGUGUGUCACCUUCCCCUUCGAGUCCUCCUGUGCCCCCGUCCUCUCCCGUCUUCAGUGUGUCCGCCUGCCCUCCAACCCGGGCUCUCCCGGCAGGACGCUGUCCACCCGCUGCACCGCUAACCUACCCGGUCCCGCAUCCACCUAGAAAUACAGAAACUUGGAAUAAAACAGGCGCGUUCAGUACCUGCGGCAGAGAUUUAUGACCCAACCUGCCUCAAACAUCCCGGCCCCUGAGCAGCGGGCAGCGGGAGGCUAACCUUGAGGCCCCGGCGGGACGGGGAGAACGUUUGAGAGAACGAAGCCUGUCUUGAAGCCGCGUUUGCACAUUUUGUGGAGAACACGCCUGAAAGCACCUCCUAUGGAAGAGUGUUUCCUGGGGAUCUCAACGGGGGAUAAUUGUCCUUGAGUGGUGCCUUGACUUGUGAUGCGUCGCCGUGUGACGUCAUCACUCAUCUGAACGUCGGAGGGACGUCUCCAGGUCUCCUCCUCGAAUAUGGGAUGACAGUCACGAUGUGUCACUCGCUUGAACCACCGUUACAGCAGGCGCCGAUGACCCGCCGGCUCGGUGGCGCCAUGCCCUUCCCGCCCACGCCGACCCCGGGGGCCCCCGCCGCGCGGCCCCCGCCCCGCAGGCCCGGCGCCCCGCGCAGGGCAGCGCCCGCCCGCGCCCCGCCCGCGCCCGCGCCCGCGCCGCCCGCCGCCGCGGACAGGAGGAGGCCCCCCGAGGGCGCGCUGUCCGGCUCCUGGCCCCCCGCCGCCCUGAAGCGGUCGCCGGCCCGGCGCGGCCCCGGCCCCGGCCCCCCGCGCGCCCCCGCCCGGCCCGCCCGCUCCGGCCACAGCCCCGCGGGGGACGCGGCCCCGGGGACAGGACCCGCCGCCGCCGCCGCGCGCUUCUCGCCCGGCCUGCCCCCCGAGGCCGUCCUGCUGCUCCAGGGGCGCCACCUGCAGAGGCGGCUGCCCGCGCGGCCCUGCCGCCCGCCGCCCUCGCCCUCUCCCGCGGGUCCCGGCCGCCGCCCGGCGCCGCGCGUGUCGCUGCUCAACGAGCGGCACCGGUACGACGACGUGGAGUACGAGGAGGAGGCCCGGGCGGUGGACGAGGGCCUGGUCCGCAGGUGCACCGAGUGGCUGCGCGGCGUGGAGUCGGCGGCCGCCGCGCGCGACCUCGCGGGGCCCCUGGACACGCUGCCGCACCUGAGCACGCUGUGAGCCGGAGGGGGGGUGGGGGGUGGGGGCUCCCCGCGGACCCGAAGGGUGGCCCCCCCCGCACCUGCGCCCGCCUCCUGGAUGCCCGUGAGCCUGGGGGUCCCCCACCCCCGGACCUGCGCCCACCCCCUGGAUGCCCGUGAGCCUGGGGAGGGGCCCGCACCUUCGCCCGCCUCCUGGAUGCCCCUGAGCGGGGGGAAGGGACCUCCCCACCUCCUGGAAGCGUGGCCGCACCCUGUGAGCCUGCCCUCCCCCCACCCCCAACGCCCACGGCCACCCUCCGGCACCUGUGAACCCCCCGCACCCGGGGGGGCAGGACCGGAUGCCCCUGGCUGACCGCGCGAAUGGCCUUUCCUCCGGGGCACCCUGGCGGCACACGCACAGCCACCUCUGCCUUGCCUGGGCCCUGUGAGCCCCGGGGUGGAGGGGGGCGGGGGGGGGGGGCUAGCCUAGGACACGGCCUCCCUGACCCCCCCAGGCCCACGUCCUGGCCAGGCUCUGCCCCGUACCCCCAGCUGGGGCAGCCACCCUUUCCCUCUCCCGCCCUGGUCGGCCCCACCCCCCAGGUGUUGCCUUCCAGAGCCUUCUGGCCUCCUCUUGGCCCCCCAGAUGCCUUUAGGGCUCAGGGUGAAAAUGCCUCCCGUUCCUCACCCCUAAGGUUCCCGUGGGUCCCAGAGACCCUCUGCCUGGGCCGGUGGUUUGUCUGGGUCACUCCCUGUGGGCGACAGCCUGGGGGAGGGCACCCGUGAGGGUGGCUGGCUGUUUGCAGAGCUGGCCUUGGUGCCGCAUUUAUGAUUCUGUUUCUCCGAAACAGAGAACGAGUCUGGGGUUUGGGAAGCUGGGAAACUCAAGUUAACCUAAUUUUCAAGCUCGAAGGGGAGACGGGUGGGAACACCAGCAGCCACUCCACCUGCUGAGCGAGGCCGAGGAUGGAAACUGCUCGUCCACCCUGCAGGCCUCCGCCAGGUCCUGUUGUGCCGCCACGCCCCUCUGCCAGCCGGGCCUGCCUGCCCACGCUUGCCCCCACGCACAGUCACACGCAUGCUCACACACCCACGCCCACAGAGCUCUCUCACGAACACUUAGCUCCCGGGGGGCUGGGGGCCUCAGCCGGUCUGGCGUCCGACUUCCGCUCAGCUCACGAUCUCCCCUCUUGUGGGUUCGAGGCCCGCGUCGGGCUCUGUGCCGACAGCUCCGAGCCUGGAACCUGCAUCGGAUUCUGUGUCUCCCUCUCUCUGCCCCUCCCCCUCUCUCAUAUAUAAAUAAACGUUAAACAUUUUUUAAAACCACGUUCCUGCUCACGUACCCACGUGCACACAGUCACAGCCACACACGCACACGCACAGACCCCAUCACGCACACGAGUGUGUCCCUGGAGCACAGCGACGGGGAUGGACUUGGAAGGCCGGGACAAGAUGUGAGCGGGGGUGAAGGUCAGCUUCUGCUGAAGGUCGCUGUUUUUCCUGGAAACGCUACCUGCAAUGUGACUUCUGUGCUGCGGAAGGCCGACCGCGGGGGGAGGGGAAAAGGCAGAAAGCCGUGAGCGGACAGACAGACGCAGAUCAACAUGGUCCGGGCCAGACGGGCAAUUCAUUUGAGGGAGGAAGUGGGGGGUCCCUGGGGGCAGAUGUUAUGUUUCCAGCGGCUUUCAUCACCGGGUAAAAAUCGGUGACAUAGUGGCUUUGUACAAUUGUGUAUACUCAUUUUUUUAAAAGAGAAAAUCUGCGUAUUAUUUGAAUAAAGGGUUAAAACUCCUCGGCCUUUUGGGAGCCGCCCAUACCCUUUCUUGCUAACUCCAGGCUGAUUUCUACACACUCCCUCCAUGCAUCUGAUUAUACUUAACUCUAAGGUUGAGAAAGAGGGGGGAAAAAGUCGUAAUCAGAGAAGGCUGGUCAUAGAAGAGUAAUGUAUUACCUCACCUUUUGACUUGUGUGAAAGUAAGUAGUUGAAUGUUUAUCUUGUUGGGCUUUAAUGUGGGAAGUCUUAAUUAUAUUUUACACUGAAGCCUUACAUUUUUAAAAGCCAGUUUUAUAUUGUGCUUGUGAUCUCUGCCCCACUCUCUCUGUCUCGCUCGCUCUCUCACUAGACACAAACCUAGUCAAACAGGAAGCGUUUAAUCCGGCAGGAGCGAGGUCAGCCAGCAGAGGAGUUUGCAAAGCCAAAGCCCCUCCCCACCGACUAGCUUGUCUUUUCCGACUCCUGCCUGGAUGCAGAGAGCUCAGUUGUGUUUCAUGGAAAAUGAACGCGUCAGCACCAGAGAGGCCCAGGUGGCAAUCGGGCUGAGGCGACACGGAGACGUGGCCGUGGACUCUCAGUCCGGGACGGAGUGCUGGUUUCGGACGUUAACCAGCCCCGGGAGUGAGCGUGAGUGGUGGUCCCGUGGACAGGGUGCUAACUGCUCUCGCGUGUCCUCUGAGCAGAUACCAGGACUCGAGAGACCCAGGUUUCUGUUGAGUUCAGUAACGUUUUAAAGACUUUCGUAAAGUAGGUGACUUUUCGAAGCACCUUUCCGUGGCUGCCCAUGUGGGUGCGUGUCCCUCGUCCCGUCACGGUCACAGUGCAUGGGUCUGUGUGUCCCUGUUCUUUGUCUCUCCCUCUCCUCACCCUCUUCCUUCUCUGGGUCCCCUCCCCCCCGCCCCCGCCCCAGUUCUCUUGACCGGCCCCAGUCCGGUACUGUGCUCCUUUUUCCCAAUGGCAUUUGUCAAACAGAGUUUUGUGUGCCUUGUUCUUCACUGUAAAAGCAGACGAGCGGAACGUUUAUGUUGCUCUGGCUGAUGACCCUCGAAGAGACGGAACUUCUACCUAUGACACUGGAUGUCUUGUCGUGUUGUUGCGGACAUUUUGAGAAAGUUUUCGGAGUCACUGUGCUGCAAUUUCUUAAUGUUUAAAUAAAAGAGAAAUUCAA